AGUGUUUUUAUCUCUCUCCUCGCGUCCCCAUUUUGGGGUACUCUUUCUCUCUCUAACUCUCCCUCUCUUCUCUCUCUCUCUAGCCCUUUUUCUUCGUGUAGAGACCCUUGGAUCGAGUAAUCGAACGGUGGAUCGAAGCGGGAUCGUGUAGGAUUCGAGAGUUGGUGAUAAAUUUCGCCAAAUUUGAUUUUUGUAGCUGUAUUCGGUGUCAGCUUCGCAAGCUUUGAAAAAUGAAGAGAAUGGUUUCUAAGAAAUCACAUUCAUGGUGGUGGGACAGCCAUAUAAGCCCUAAAAACUCAAAAUGGCUUGCGGAAAACCUUGAAGAAAUGGAUAAGCAAGUCAAGGAGAUGCUAAAACUUAUCGAAGAGGAAGGCGACUCCUUUGCAAAAAAGGCUGAAAUGUAUUACCAAAGGCGCCCUGAGCUUGUUUCGCACGUGGAAAACUUUUAUCGCAUGUACCGUGCCUUAGCCGAGCGGUACGAUAAUGUGACAGGCGAAUUGCGCCGCAACCUUCCCUCCGAGCUCCAAUCUCAAGGCUCAAUCAACGGCUCAGAUUUCGGUUCUGAUUCGCCCUCGCCGGAACGCACCCCAGAGAGGAAGCAGCCACAUCGAAAGUUGAGAACCAGAGCUGCAGGGUUUGAUGUGUUCCUCGGCUCGGGAGGUAGUUCGGACCUUUCGAAAAAAGGAAGUGAUGGGUCAUCGUCUUCUUCAGAUUCCGAGGCUGAAUCGGACGGAAAAGAGAAUGGCAAUGGAAUUUCUUAUACUCUUCAUCAGAGGAUUCUUGAAUUAGAGGAUGAGAUUCGUGAUUUGAAUGUGAAGCUUCAGUUGCAGGAGGAACUGAAUAUGAAAUGCCAAUGCAGUUUCGGGGAAAAGGGAGACUAUUCCGAGCUUACUUCUAAAGUUUCGGAGAUGGAAGCUGAGCUUGCAACUGCGAAGGAUAAGCUGAUUUUUUCAGAAGCAGAGGUUAAUUCUCUUCGGAAAAAACUGGAGGAAAGAACUCAUCUUGAAAACGACAGAUUCGGGCUAAAUCUGGAAAAUGGGAAUCAUGAUGCAUUGGAAUCUGAAUUAUUAGCACAUAAGCACGAAAUCGAGUACUUAAAGGGCGCAAUGGCUUCUGCAGCUAAGCAGUUUGAGUCCGAUUUGAAACACUGCAAUACUGAAAUUGACAGAUAUAAAAAAGAACUCGUUGAUUCUUCCGAAAGGUUUUCACAGGAGAAGUCUACUCUGAAAGCUGAAAUCCAAAAGCUAGAAGCUACUAUCGAGGACUUGAAAGCUGAACUCGAAAAGGUCUCGCGAGCAAAAUCACUGCUCGAAACUCGUGUUGCGGAGUUAGAAAAAGUGAUGCAGGACUUAAAAGCCAACAGUGAUAGCUCUUAUGAAAAGUUAUUGCAGGAAAAGUCGGCUUUUGAUUUGAAAUUGCUUAAUCUCUCACAAGCCAAUGAAUUACUUGAAUCCAAGUUAUCGACGGCUGAAAGUGAACUUAAACAACUUAGAGCUGAGAAGGAUGAAUCAUGUCUAGAGAGAGAGAACCGCAUCUCCGAGCUAAAUCAUACCCUCGAUUCUCUUAAAAUGAAAAUCAAGGAGCUUGAAACUGAAAAAUCCAUGCUAGUAGAUAAGGUUGGUGCUCUUGAUUCGGAGCUGCUUAAUCUCUCACAAGCCAAUGCUUUACUCGAAGCUAACCUUUCGACGAAGGAGAGCGAGCUUAGACUGCUUAAUGUAGAGAAGAAUGAAGCUUGUCUAGAGAGAGACAGCCGCAUCUCCGAACUGAACCGAAGUCUCAGCUCUCUUAACGCGCGAAUUGCAAUUCUGGAAACCGAGAAAUCCAUGCUGGUUGAUCAGACGGGCGCUCUCGAUCGCGAUCUAAGGCUUCGCAACGAGAAGAUUGGGCUUUUGGACAAGCACUUAAACGAGCUGCAUCUAGAGCAUGCGAAGCUGAUCGAGGAGAUCGAGGCAGCGCAGCGAUCCAGCACAGAUCUUAAAGUGCGGGUGGGCGAGCUGGAGGAGGAAGUAGAGAGGCAGAAGGUGCUAAUCGCCGACGGGGCAGAGCUGAAGCGAGAAGCCAUAAGGCAGCUCUGCUUCUCCCUCGAGCACUACCGCGACGGCUAUCAACAGCUACGGCAGCUGCUGCAGGGGCAGAAGCGGCUUCUGGUGGCAGCUUCUUGAGAAGCUGCUUUUUAGUCCAGGAUAAAUUUCAUGCAAAAGCACUUUCUGUUUAUUCUCCUUCUUGUUUUCAGUGCUUUGUCAUUGCAUCUGGUAUGUUGUGUUAUAGGUUAAUGUGUAGUUGAAAUAGUCUGGUGGUAUGUUAUGGAACUAUAUCUAUAUACAUAUUUAUAUUUGUCAUAGUAUAGCUCUUUGUGUUGUGCUUAUU